AUUGGCUCUCCAGAGACACCGCACACACUCAGAGAAAGUGAAAGAAGUCUUGUGAUGGUUGGGCGGGUCGAGCGUAUUUCUGGCUUGUUGUUUUGAAGGCCUACGGGAGGAGAGAGGGUAAAAAAAACCUAGUUAAAGAUGGCGGAGAUCGAAGGAGAUGAGACCGUUCGGCCCGCUCCUCCGUCUGUGCUCCCCGCCGCGCCUCGCGUUAACGGCUCGGGGAUGCUCGGUUCCGGGAGCCAAACCCCGACCAUGGUGGCUUCUGGACCGCGUGUGGUUCGGAUAAUAAAGUCGGAAUCGGGAUACGGAUUCAACGUCCGCGGACAAGUAAGCGAAGGCGGCCAGCUGCGGAGCAUUAACGGGGAACUGUACGCUCCUCUCCAGCAUGUCAGCGCGGUGUUACCCGGCGGAGCGGCGGACCGGGCCGGUAUCGUGAAAGGAGACAGAAUACUAGAAGUGAAUGGCGUGAGCGUGGAGGGGGCGACACACAAGCAGGUGGUGGAUCUGAUCCGGGCUGGAGAGAGGGAGCUGGUGCUGACCGUGCUGUCAAUCCCGGCGCAAGAAGCAGACGGACUUGACACCAGCGAAGAAGGUGCAGUUCAGCCCAAUUACGACUACAGCGACAAACAGGCCGUCCCCAUUUCAGUCCCCACAUACAAACAUGUGGAGCAGCACUCGGAGAAGUUUGUGGUGUAUAAUGUGUACAUGUCCGGCAGACAGCUGUGCUCGAAGCGAUAUCGAGAGUUUGCGAUACUUCAUCAAAACCUGAAGAGAGAGUUUUCCAACUACACUUUCCCAAAGCUGCCAGGAAAGUGGCCUUUUUCUCUGUCUGAACAGCAGCUGGACGCCCGCAGGAGAGGAUUAGAGGAAUACAUGGAGAGAGUGUGCUCAGUGCGCAUCAUAGGUGAAAGUGACAUUAUGCAAGAAUUCCUGUCUGAAUCAAACGAGAACCACAACGGCAUAACGGAUGUGGAGCUGCGAAUAGCACUGCCUGAUAAAACCACAGCCUCAGUGAGGGUUCAGAAGAACAGCACCACUGAUCAGGUUUACCAGGCUCUUGUUGUGAAGGUCGGGAUGGACAGCAUGAUGGCCAGUUAUUUUGCUCUUUUUGAAGUUAUUAACCACUCGUUUGUGCGCAAACUGGCUCCUAAUGAGUUUCCACACAAGCUGUAUGUCCAGAACUACACCUCAGCGGUUCCGGGGACGUGUCUCACCAUGCGCAAGUGGCUCUUCAGCACACAGGAAGAGGAUCUGCUGCGGGACAACCCUCUCGCCCUGCACUACUGCUUCCAUCAGGCACAGGAUGAUGUGAAGAAGGGAUUCAUUAAAGCAGAAGAUAAAGCAUACCAGCUGCAAAAACUAGCAGAACAGAGAAAGAUGACAACGUAUCUGAGUCUUUUGCGUUCAUGUGAGGGAUAUAAUGAGGUGACGUUUCCUCACUGUCCCUGUGACUCUCGGAGGAAAGGUCACGUAAUCACAGCCGUCAGCAUGAAGCAUUUCAAACUGCAUGCCUGCACAGAGGACGGCACUCUGGAGAAUCAGGUGAUCAUGUUUGAAUGGUCAGAGAUGCAGCGAUGGGACACGGAUGAGGAGGGAAUGGCCUUCUGCUUUGAAUAUGUGCGGGGAGAAAAGAAACCUCGCUGGGUCAAAAUAUUCACUCCAUAUUUUAACUACAUGCACGAGUGCUUUGAGAGGAUUUUCUGCGAGCUCAAAUGGAGGAAAGAGGUUGAAGAGGAGGCCUCAGACAAAGGCAAUAAGAACUGUAGUAAUAACGAAUACCUCUCGCCGCUGGAGCAGCAGAAGGGAUGGCGCCACCUAGGGGGCGAGAUAGCCACGUCCUAAACCUCCUCUCUAGAUGCCCUGUGGAAAACAGCAUCAGUCACACUAGAGCAGACCACCAUAACACGCAGACCACCCAGACAAACGUGUGCCUUUCCGAUGCGGAGCGCUCCAUAAGCCAACGCAGACACUCAAAGCACCGCUGCGGGAGACGCUUCACCCCCACAUCCAGAGCACCAGUGGGUCAUUCCAUCAGUAGAGACUCGCAUUAAAACAUGUCAAGAACCACACAGACCAGAUCUUCCAUGAAGGAGAGCGGCUCUUCUGUAAGUCUACUGGCUGGAGAGUUUUGGAGAGCAUUAGAGAACGUAGAGCUGUUUUCAGGGCAGCGGAGGAAUAAAUGACCACUUUGUGAUUCGGAACGACAUCACAAUUUAAAAAAAAAAAAAUCAGUAUAUAUGAGAGGGGAGAAGUCAUGCCUUAACAAAAAUGAAGCUCAUUAAAUUGUGUAGCAAGGUUUCCGUACAGACAGUUAGUAUGGGAUCCCUCGGAAAUAAUGUUGCGAUGGAAUUAUCGCUAGAUUUUUAUUUCUAGUUACUGAGGAGUGAACACGUCUGGCAGCAGAGAAAUGGGAAGUGUGUGUGUGUGUGUGUCUGUGUGUAAAUAAAAAGGAUGUAUGGACAGGUGUUAAAGGGUUAACCUAAAAACGAAAACAAGAAAAUCUGUCAUUUAUUCAUCCUCAUGGCAAUUCUCAGUUCGCCUGUUUCUUUUUUUUUUUUAAAUCAUAGUUGAGAGAUUUCUUUUCAACCGAAUCUUGUUUUAAAAUGUUCAUUGAAGGGAUAGUUCACCCAAAAAUCACAAUUCUGUCAUCAUUUACACACUCUACACUUGUCACAGACUUGGUUGACUUUCUUAUUUCUCUUGCACACUAAAUAAAUUAUUUUGAAAAAUGUUAAAAACCUGUAACCAUUGACUUCCAUAGUAAGAAAAACAAGUACUAUGGAAGUCGAUGGUUACA